UCAUCCAAUCAAUGCAUCAAGAAUAGCAAGCCAAGUUCAUAGCAAUUAAAUUAUAGAGUCCAAAACAAUUGAAUUGUAGUAAAAUUCCAGGGAGGUCCUAGCAACCUCUUACUUCUCGUGUUGAAAGUAGUUGCAACAGGCACAUGACUAUUCAAAGCGUGAGAAGAUUUACAGUGGUUACAAGCACAAGUGUUCAUCCUUCUAGAAAAAUCUUUUAAAAAAUUCCUUGAUUGUAUUCAAGAUGGGUCCUCUCCUCUUCAGACGAAACAGUAAUGGUGGUUAAUGAUGGAUUAAUCAUCAGUUGCCGGAAGGAAAAGGAUUCACUGCACAUCUCGAUAUUCGAUUUGAUGCCUCCUAUAUAAGACAGUCAAAGUUGAACAAUCUUUUGUCUACUAUAAAAAAACAGAAGCAUUAAACAAAUUCAUCUUUUACAACUUGUGAUUAUUUGUAUUGUCAAAGUCUACUUCCAAAAAACUGUUGAUAGAACCAAGAACGAAGGUCUUUCUCAGGGAUAAGUAAAUGCCUCACGGCCAAGUUACACAAAAAAAAACCAAGGUGUACUUGUUAAGGGGUAGCCUAGGUUGUUUGAGGUCACCUACUCUCUCCUAAGCUAAUAAAGGUUUGGUCUUUUUUUAAAAUUCUUCUACUUCAGGUACAUGCUGCCUCCAAGACCGAAGUUCGAAUUGUUUUGUUAGAGAGAUUGAAAUGGUGGGUUUCUCUUUAUUUCUCAAAAGAGUCAAGAAAGAUCAAAGCUUGGUGCUUUAAACUGUUGUUAUGCACGCAUGCAAAUGAUUAUGAUGGAGCAAAGUGAGAUAAUUGAAGAGGAACAUGUUCUUGGUUUGCCUCCUUCACCUCCUCUAACUGUUGGGAUAGCUAUAGAUGGAAAAGGAAGCAGCAAGUACUUGGUGCAAUGGGCAUUGGAGAAGUUCAUGCCUCAGGGAAAGGUUGCAUUCAAGUUAUUACAUGUUUGCCCAAAGAUCACAGCAGUCCCUACGCCAAUGGGGAAUUUUAUUCCUAUAUCACAAGUACGAGAUGAUGUAGCAGCAGCUUAUAAGAAGGAAAAGGAGUGGCAGACACUCCAAAUGCUUCUCCCUUUCAAGAGUAUUUGUACCAGGAAAAAGGUGCAAGUAGAUAUUGUGUUAACUGAAUUGGAUGAUGUGGCGAAGGCAAUUGCGGAGGAGGUUGCCAAGUGCAAUAUCAAUAAACUUGUUAUAGGAGCAGCUUCUCGUCGCAUGUUUACAAGGAAACAUAAGGGAAAUAAUCUGUCCUCAAGAAUCUCGGUUUGCGCUCCAAAUACUUGCACAGUCUAUGCUGUUUCAAAAGGAAAAUUGCUAUCUAUUCGUCCAUCUGAUUUAGAGACAAGUGGAAGCUUUAGAGAUGGUGUCAGUAUCACCAGUCGUACUACUAACUCCUCAUCAAGUUCUACUUCGAGCUCUCAAACAGGUUCCAACUCAGUUUCUCCAUUCUCUCAUUUCCAAUCUCCAUCCCUGCCAGUUCAGAGAUUUCAAGCUCUUUCAUCUAUAAACCAGGGCUUUCUUUAUACCAGAACAAAUUCCUGUGAGACAAAUCCGUCAAGAAGCCUGUAUCUGGAUUUUGAAGAAAAGGUUAUAGGGAGUUCUUGUCCGAGUAUUUCAGAAAUAGAACACCCAGUCACUCAGAGUUCUAGCUUCAAAAGCUUGUCAACUGAUCACCUGUCAUGGAGAUCUGAUCAAGCUUCAACCUCAGAUGUGCUUACAGAUUGUUCCUCAUCUGACAGCCAGGCAAAUAUCAACUUUGAGCUAGAAAAGCUGAGGAUUGAACUAAGACAUGCUCGAGGAAUAUACGCAGUAGCUCGAAGUGAGACAUUUGAUGCUUCUCGAAAGUUGAAUGAUCUUAAUAAACGUCGGUUGGAAGAAGCAACAAGACUCCAGGAAAUAAAACAUGAAGAGGAAAAAGCCUGGGAACUGGCAAGGCAAGAGAGGGGAAGAUGUGAAGCUGCAAUCCAGAAAGCUGAAUGUCUAAGGGAGUGUGCCAAAAGAGAAGCUUCACAAAGGAAUGAAGCAGAAAUUAAAGCCAUGCACGAUGCCAAAGAAAAGGAAAAGCUUGAGAAAGCUAUUGCUGGUUCUGUACAGCAAUACCAGGAGAUCACAUGGGAAGAGAUUGUUUCUGGUACCUUAUCGUUCUCAGAAGAGCUUAAGAUUGGAAUGGGAGCAUACGGAACUGUUUAUAAAUGUAAUUUGCACUAUACAACCACAGCAGUGAAAGUUCUUCAUUCAAAAGAGGACAAAAAUUCUAAGCAAUUCCAGCAGGAGCUUGAGAUCCUGAGUAAAAUUCACCAUCCACACUUGCUCAUUCUUCUUGGCGCUUGUCCUGAUCAUGGUUGUCUUGUUUAUGAGUAUAUGAAGAAUGGGAGCCUGGAGGAUAGACUGCAGAGGGUGAACAAUACACCCCCUAUCCCAUGGUUUGAGAGGUAUCGAAUUGCUUGGGAAAUAGCCUCGGCACUUGUUUUUCUUCACAGCUCCAAGCCAAAGCCAAUUAUUCACCGUGAUCUGAAACCAGCCAACAUCUUACUUGAUCAUAACUUUGUGAGCAAGAUUGGUGAUGUUGGCCUUUCAACAAUGCUUUGUUCAGAUGUUUCUUCUUUAUCCACCAUGUACAAAAACACAGGACCUGUUGGGACAUUAUGCUACAUAGAUCCUGAGUAUCAAAGAACUGGGGUGAUUUCUCCAAAAUCCGAUGCUUAUGCUUUUGGGAUGAUAAUUUUGCAGUUGCUGACUGCAAAACCAGCUAUAGCAUUAGCACAUGUGAUGGAAACAGCAAUGGAGGAGGGUCAUUUGGUGGAGAUUUUAGAUUCAGAGGCCGGGAACUGGCCAUUGGAAGAGACAAAAGAAUUGGCUAUAUUGGGACUAAGCUGUACAGAGAUGCGACGCAAAGACCGACCUGAUCUGAAAGAUGUAGUACUUCCUGCAUUGGAGAGAUUGAAGGAGGUUGCUCGUAGGGCCCGAGAUUCAGUUUCCAGUCUACAAUUGACACCUCCUAAGCACUUAAUCUGCCCAAUACUAAAGGAUUUAAUGAAUGAUCCCUGCGUUGCGGCGGACGGUUACACUUACGACCGCAAAGCAAUACAGAAGUGGCUUGAAGAGAAUGACAAGUCACCAAUGACGAAUUUGCCAUUGCCAAACAAGGAUCUCUUACCCAGUUACACGCUUCUAUCUGCUAUAAUGGAGUGGAAGUCCAAAACCCCAUCCGACACCCUCCACAUUCAUUCUUCAGGUUAGCACAGAAUGAUUGCUUUUAGAAUCCCUUUGAAAAAACCAUUUGUUUCCCAUGUAAAUGUCAUCGGUAGAGCUUCUGAUUUAGAGUAAUGUAGGUAUAUAGAUAAGUUACCGCAGUUGCACGUAAAAUUCAGACUGCAACGACAAUGUGUGCAGCUAUUUGAGUUGUUUUGAUAGUAGUUUGCUGCAAGCUAUUUAUUAAUAAGGAUAUUGAAAGUGUAAUAUUAUUUGAUUAUUUCACUUUGGCCAUAGCAACAAUCAAUGGAUCAUAUGCCAAUCUUGUUUUAUUA